AUCCGUGCCUCCGAUGUACGCUGCGACGGAUGAGGAAGGAGGGGGGGGCGGGGGGCGAUGGGCAUGCAGGGGUGGGAGGGCGACGCCAGGGAGGCGGGGGGGGGGGGGGGGGGAGGAUGAGGGGGAGGACGAUGAUGCCGGAGAGGAGGAGGAGGAGGAGGAGGAGGAGGAGGAGGAGGAGGAGGAGGAGGAGGAGGAGGAGGAGGAGGAGGAGGAGGAGGAGGAGAAGGGGGAGGAGGAGGAGGAGGGGGAUGAGGAGGAUGAGGAGUACAACGGGGAGGGGGAUGAGGAGGGGGGUUAUGAGGAGAAGGUGGAUGGGGAUGAUGUUGAGGAGGAAGAGGGGUAGGGCCUUGGAGAGGCCUUUGGUGGAGGGA